CUGAUUUUACAACGUUGAACUAUUUUGAAAAAAACAAAAUGUCUUUCACAUGGAUUGUCAUCAUUUUAGUUCAAAUUCUCGGUGUUUGGACAGAAACUGAUGAACCAAAUGGCACAGAUUUAUUCACGAUUGAAGGGAAAGUAGAAGUUGUGUCCACUACAAAUAAAGACUGGCUUCCUGAUACACAGAUUUCGGUCGAUGGAGGAACAUUUAUUUCCUAUUUAAGGGGAGAUGGCCGGUUUGUAAUUUCUGGAGUGCCAUCUGGAACAUACAUGGUUGAAGUUGUUAAUCCAAACUACAUGUUUGAGCCAGUCCGGGUAGACAUCAGCGCAAAGGGCAAAAAGAGAGCAAGAAAGAUAAAUUUGAUGGAGCUUUCACCAAUAAAAACGGUCCAUUAUCCAUUGGAAUUUAGGGAAAGGCGUAAACCAAACUAUUUCCAGAAAAGAGAGCAGUGGAAAAUUACAGAUUUUUUGUUUAAUCCUAUGUUCUUGACCAUGGUUCUCCCUCUGGUGCUGGUAAUGAUCUUACCCAAGAUGAUGAACGCUGCAGACCCAGAAGCACAAAAGGAGAUGCAGAGUCAGAUGAAGGCACUGAACGACCGCUCAUCCAUGCCAGACUUCUCAGAGACAUUGACCAGCUGGUUGGGUGGGGGAAGCAACAAAAAAAACAGAAAAGACAAGACCAAAUGAAAGGGACCCUAGUCAUAGACAAGCUCAAGUUACUGUUGAUGUGUUCUAACUAACUUGAUGUAAUCUUUAUUGAUCAGCAUACUCAUAUAUGUAGAUUUUGGAGAGUGUGUUCAUAAGCAGAAAACUUUUUAUCCUUUUACCAGAUGAAAAUUCGAUAGUAUAACAACAAUCGUAUAAAAUUUAGCUUUAUUCUAUGGCUAUUUUUAGAUCAGAUUUGGUUUUUUCCAAAAAUUGGAGAAUAUUUUUGUCAACUAACAGAAAGAUAAAAUCGUCAAAAAAUGUGAUAUUUUAUAAUAAUUAAUGGAAAAGGGGAGGAAAUAAUAGGAUAAAUAGAAUAUUAUGUGAGUUUGUGCAAGCCUGGCGCUAACAUGGUUCUAAGCCACGCAUGAUAUACUUGAUCUUUAUCCAAAACUCACAUAAUAUUCUCUAUUUAUUAAUAUCCAUCCAUGUGUUAAUAAAAAUUAUUGUAUUGUAAUUUUUAAAUAAUUGUUUAAUUAUUUAUUAAAAUUAUUUUUUAUAUUUCACUCUAAGUAAAACCACAUCACCGCGUACUAAACAGCCUGGAUUCAGUUUUACAUAACUAAAUAGAAAAGUAUGGCCAUUUUUUUUAUAAAUGAUAUAAAGAUUGUUACAAAAAAUACAGAAUAUUGAAGAUUGCCUUUCCAUAAAAUCAUUCAAAUGUUUUCUUGGAAAUAGAAGUUAACGCUUUAUGUUGUAAAAGUUUCAUGUGUAAUUCUUCUAAUCAUUCCUACUGAAUGAACAAAUAUUGUGUAAAUGCUUGUCUUAUUUCGACAAAUAUGCAAAACCAAUACGAACAAAAUACAAUCCCUUGCCUACAUAGUAUGGUCAUGCUUUGAAGUAAAGGCCUGAUGCUAAAAGACAGUAGUUACAACAGAGGUAUAUAUGUAUGUGAGAAUAAAUACAGACUUUAAGCAGUCCGAUACUAUUUUUAUUGGUCAUGGGAUUUCAAGACAAUUUUUUUGUAUUUCUUACAAAAUCACAAUCUAUAGGGUAAAAAUCAAAUAUGCUUAAGCAUUUUCUGUCGCAAGUGUAAUCACGAACCUUUAUGUAAUAAUAAUAUAGUUAUAUGUGUAUGGAAUCUUUAAAUGUUUAGUUUUAACAAUGAUAUUUACAAUAAUCAGAAUUGAAGUGAAAAUGCAUGGAAAUAUGCGAUGUAUCUGAACUGCCAUAUCUUCAUUAUUGUUUGAUCUUACUUUGUAUCCUAAUUGUAAAUUAGCCACAUUCUGGUAUAUCAGGGUGUUAUGCAUGUGUGUAAAGGUUUGUGCCAGAUUGGCAUAUGCAGUUUGCGUAUGCAUGUGUGUAAAGGUUUGUGCCAGAUUGGCAUAUGCAGUUUGCGUAUGCAUGUGUGUAAAGGUUUGUGCCAGAUUGGCAUAUGCAGUUUGCGUAUGCAUGUGUGUAAAGGUUUGUGCCAGAUUGGCAUAUGCAGUUUGCGUAUGCUUACCACUGAUGAUAAUUUUCACCUGGGCUGGAUUUUGUUUAAAAUGACUUUUUUGAAACCGAAAUUUCCACAAAAAAAGAAAGUGUUGAACCUGAUAAGCAUAUGUGGACCUCACAGGCUUAUUUGUAUUGAUGCUUUACAUACAGGCAUUAAGUCCGUUCUUUUAACCCUUUCAGUGCAGGAACCGAAUUUUGCAGGCCUUUGCAAACAGUUUGGAUCCAGAUGAGAUGCCACAGAUCUGGCGUCUCAUCAGGAUCCAAACUGUUUGCUAUUCUGAUAGUAUUCUUUGAAAAAAAUGGAAGAAAAUGCUAAUUUUAGAAAUUCAGCAGACGACAUUUUAGCAGAAGACAAAUUUCCCAGCAUUCAAAGGGUUAAGAGCAUGGCUCAUUUAUUCUGUAAUUCAUUUAUUAUUGUUUAGCUCAGUAGGAUCAGUAAAAGUGGGUACAUCUGUUUGAUUGUGUGCUUGUACUGAUGGCUGCAUGAACUGAUGUAACAUUUAUAAGUGAAAAGGCUUUGUGUCUAUGUUCUUAGAAGUUAGAUCAUAUUUCAUUCAUUGAAUAUAGACACAAUUGUUGUUGUAUUGUUUUCUCCUAGAUUUAAAUAUUUUUUAGGCAUUUAUUAUAAGAUCAAAUUUAGGCAUAAUUUUCUUUCAAAGGUUUCCAUAUAUGUAUGAUUUUAUGUCCUUGAUAUUUUCAUGCAUGUUUCAUCGUGUUAAAUAUUGUAUUAUUUGUCAAAAUUGAGAAUAGUAACGUUCGUGUAUGAUUUCUAUCAACAUGUUGAUUUCUUUAUUGCAAUAUUGUCUUUAGUUUUAAUAAAUCAAUCAAGCACAAA